CCACACCUGCAUCAUUUCACGAUCUAAACGAUGAACUCCGCCCUUGCUCCUGAAAUGCCUACGCCUAUGCCUACCAACAUUGAACCAUCAGCAGCCGCAUCUUCCUCCACGUCUCCGUCUAGCUCGUCCCCAUCACCUCGAAAACAACAGACCUUCGGGCAGUCAUUCUUGUCUACUCUGAAUCUGUUGCUGAACACGCCACUCGUACCGCCACCCCCAGUUGAGCCUAUGGAAGUUCAACUUCAGGAGAUGCCGUCGAGCAGGUCUUCGUAUCUGGGUGCUCAAUACGGUCAGGGCCAGGACAGGAGAGGAUCGAUGAGCACCACUCGCAGCAUUGUGUCGUACGAAACGAGUGCUGCUGAGUCGGAUAGGAGCUCAGUCUCAGUGGCGGGGCAUAGGCGGAACUUGUCUGAUGUGCCGCUGAGCGAGUCGGACGAGUACUAGUCUAUAUGAUGGGACUCGACGGACACCAUUAUUACCAUAUUUGUUGUGGAUCGGAAACGCCUUGCAAACGCUACAUUAUCGCCUUAUAAAUUUCAUCUGCGCUUCCAGGUUUUCACAUCGCACCCUCACGUACAUGUUUCCACUUGUUCCUUGUCCUUCCCGCUGAGCCACGAUCCUCCUUUGCAAUUGUGUAUCAUUAUUCAUCGCUUCCACACAUGUUGUACGGUAUUAUCACUUUUGUAAUUCUGCUUACUACUCUGGACGCAAACGGUAUUGCCCGUUGACUCGUAAUCUAUCUGCUCAC